AUGGCUUCGGAAAACUCCUCCACUCUGGAACUGGAGGUCCCCCAGCAACAAGGCCUGGAACUUCAGGUAUCUGGGAAGAAAAAGAAGAAAUUGAAAGGAAAAGCAGAGACGGCCGGAGAACUAGAGAGAGAAUGUGUAGAGGCCUCGAAAAGAGACGUUGAGAUUGAAGACCUCACCAAAGCAGGACACCAAGCCCUGCUUCUUGGCAAGGAGGAAGAGGCCUUAGAGAGUUUCAGCAAGGCUUUUGCCCUUUCCCAAGAAACCCCAAGUAGGCAGGCCCAGAAGAUUUGCGCUUUCAAUCUGGGUGCGGCCUAUGUAGAGUGCGGCAGGCCGAAAAAAGGCUUGGAAUUUCUCCUCAGAUCCCAGCCCAAGGAAGGGGAAGCUGCACAGCAUCAGGGGGACCUUUUUUUCAACAUAGCUGCCGCCCACGAAGGGCUGCAGGAUUUCCCCAAGGCUUUGGAGUAUUUCCGUAAAGCCCAGGGUCACUACCAUUCCAUCCAGGCCGGGAGUGAGGCUGGCACCUACAUGAAAAUGGGCUUCUGCUAUCUGGGCAUGGAAGACCCUUCGCGGGCCGCUCAGUGUUUCCUGAAAGCAGGCCAGGCCUAUGCAGAAGUUGAGGAUCUGGAAGCCGCCGCAGUUGCCCUCAAUGAAGCCGGCAAAUACAUGUUACGAAGCCGACAGCACAAGGCCAGCGAGAUCAUCAAGGUGUUGAACGAGUGCCGCUUAUUGUGUGACCAAAUCCCAAACAGAACCCUGCUGGGAAAACUCUACAAUGACAUUGGGAUCAGCUAUUCUCAGCUCAAAAUCUUCUCCUUAGCAGCUGAGAACUUUGAGAAAGCUCUUCCUAUCUGCCAAACCAACACCGACGACCCAUAUAAAGAAGCAAUUGUUCUUCAGAACCUCGGAGCAGUACACAACACCCUUGAGAAUUUCAGCAUGGCUCUGGGGUUCCACCGGAGAGCUGCAUCACUACACAGUACCCUGGGGAACAGGAGAGCCCAAGGACAAUGUUUUGGUAACUUGGCCUAUGCGUUAAGCCAACUGGGUGAUCACGAAGCUGCCGGAGAAUAUUACCUUCACGCCCUCCAGGCCUUCAAGGACUCGGAUGACCUUCAAGGCCAGUGGCAGGCUUGCGAAGGACUUGGGGCUUCACGCUUCCACCUUGGAGAUCCUGAGAAGUCCAUUCUGCAUUACAAAGAAGCGUUGACUUUUCUGUCUAAAUGUCAGGAUGUCUCAGAAACAGCUCAGGAGAGAAUCGUGAACAAACUUGCAGAUGCCCUCCAUUCCAAGCUUUCUAUGAACAGCCGUUUCUCCCACAGUGGAGGGAUCUCGCCAGCUGCUCCCAUGAAGCACAUUCCUACGUCCCAGACCUCGAGCCAGGUCCGGUUCGCCAUGUCACCACACCACAAGGACGAGAAUUUGUCUCCCACCGUGGCUCCCCUGAGCGAGUCAUCCUUUGCACCACAAAGCCAUCGGGCGCAGCCUAUGGAAGAGAAUCCCGUGUCUGCCCCGUUGAACCAGAGACCUUCACAGGGAGAAGCCACAAUCCCUCACAAUAGCCAGAUGAAAGCACAGCAAGCUAUUCAUGGAGUAUCCGAGAUGGUACCUGCAGCUAAGCAGACAGCCCUCAGAGACAGGGUUCCCGCUCUCCGAAUUCCAAACGGCCACGCAAUACUGGCUAGCAGUAGUGCUGAAGGAGGCGAUCCGCCCAAGACGGCUUCCAACUGUCGGAACCAAACACAGGCUAACAGUAAUCCCUGCCUGUAUCCAGAUCCUUUCUGCCACACAUGCCUCCAGAAUGGGAAGUUCCAUCACUCACAAAAAAGCCACCAGGAAUACACAACUGACCAGCUGAGAAUGAGGACCUUAGAGAGGGCAGAACCUCCUGCGGGACACUUCCCCAGCCAAAGUUUGGAGCCCUGCCAACACAGGAACAGGGGGACCUGGUUCAGGUCUACGCUGUGUGCCCUGAUGUGACAGUCGCUCGGCGCUGGACCUGUCAACUGCUUAAGUCAUCAUCUGGAGCUCCAUAUGAAGGUCCAUGUCUUCUUCCCCAUCCCAAGACUCCACCACGCUGCCUCUCAAGAACAGAAGAACUAAAGGAUCAGACUAAAGGUCCACCUCUUCUGGCAUCUUGUUUCCAACUAUGGCCAGUCAGAUGCUUCUGGGAAGCCCACAAGUCAAGACGUGAAGGUGAAUGCCUCCUGCUUGCUCCCCAGCAAGUGGUAUUAAGAGGUCGCAGCCGCUGAAUCUUGGAUUUAGCCAUAACGGCCAAC